AUGUCCAAAUCAUCUUUUGAAAACACAUUAGGAUGGACAAUAGAUGAUUGGUUAUCAUUCCAUAAAAAGCAUGAUUAUGAAAGUUCAUUAUCUUUAUUAAAACAGUUAUUGAGGUCUCAGAAAGUUGCCCCGAUUGAUUGUGCAUGGAUUAGUUUGGUAGAUGAAUCUUACUUAGAAUCACAAUGGUUAUUACAAUCUGCCAGAGAUAAUAGAUCGCAAUUGCCUUUAUUAGGUGUACCAAUUGCAGUAAAGGAUAACAUUGAUGUUAAAAAUUGUUUAACUACUGCUGGUUGUCCUUCUUUUGCUUAUAAUCCAAUUUCUGAUUCAACUGUUGUUAGAUUGUUGAAAAAUGCUGGCGCAAUAAUAUUAGGUAAAACCAAUUUAGAUCAAUUUGCGACUGGAUUGGUAGGAACAAGAUCUCCGUAUGGUAAAACUCCCUGUGUUUUCAACCAAGAUUAUGUUUCAGGAGGCUCUUCUGCUGGUUCCGCUUCUGUUGUCGCAAGAGGAAUCGUACCUUUAGCGUUGGGAACUGAUACCGCUGGAUCAGGAAGAGUACCAGCUGCUUUGAAUAAUAUUAUAGGGCUAAAGCCAACUAGAGGAAUCGUCUCUUGUAAUGGUGUUGUUCCUGCCUGUAAAUCGUUAGAUUGUGUUUCAAUAUUUUCUUUAAAUUUAAAAGAUGCUGAAACUUGUUUAAGAACUAUCGCAAACCCUGACUAUGAAAAUGAUGAAUAUUCAAGGAGUUUGCCUUCAAACCCAAAAAGAAAAUUUGACCAUAAACUAAAUAUCGCAAUUCCAAAAAAUAUCCCAAAUUUUGGUGAUGAUAAAAACUCAUUUCUAUUUGAAGACGCUGUUAACGUUUUAAAAGAAAUAGAUGCAAAUAUUGUAGAAUUGGACUUUCAACCUUUGCUAGAUCUUGCAGAAUGUCUAUACAAUGGUCCAUGGGUUGUGGAAAGGUACCUAGCUACAAAAGAGUUUCUAGAAAGAAAUCCUCCUUUAGACUCUUUAGAUCCAACUGUUCUUUCAAUUAUCGAAUCUGCAAAGAAAUUUAACGCCUGCGAUGUAUUCAAAUCUGAAUAUAAAAGAAAACAGAUUUUACAAAAGAUCAAAAAUAUAUUCAAAGACAUCGACGUACUAUGUGUCCCAACAUGUCCUUUGAACCCAACAUUUAAGGAAGUAGAACAAGAGCCAAUUAAGGUUAAUUCAAUCCAGGGUACCUGGACAAACUUUGUUAAUUUAGCUGAUCUAUCUGCUAUCGCCAUUCCAGCAGGUUUUAGAAAUGAUGGUCUUCCAAAUGGUAUUACUUUGAUUAGCAGAAAAUUUAAUGAUUAUGCUUUACUAGAAUUAGCAAAUCGUUAUUUAAACUAUAGGACUCCUUUCAGCGUGAAAGCAUUUGGUAUCUUUACGGAUGAACUUAAAAAUAAAGAUAAAAAGAAAUAUGAAUUAUAUGGCCCAGAGGUCACAACCCAUGACUCAAUUACUGUUGCAGUAGUAGGAGCUCAUUUGAAAGGAUUUGCAUUAAAUUGGCAACUGGACAAGGUAAAUGCCACAUUUAUAAAAUCCUCCAAAACAGCUAAGAAAUAUGAAUUAUAUGCCUUACCUAAAGCAGGACCUGUAUUGAAGCCAGGUUUGAGACGUAUUGGCAAUGCAAAAGGAACAAAAAUCGAACUGGAAUUAUAUUCAAUCCCUCUUGAAACAUUUGGUAUAUUUAUGUCAAUGAUUCCUGAACCUUUAGGUAUUGGUUCCGUAGAGUUAGAGAAUGGGGAAUGGGUUAAAUCUUUUAUAUGUGAAGAAAUUGGCUAUAUUCAAGAAGGUUCCAAAAAUAUUUCUUCAUAUGGGGGGUACAAGAAUUAUAUGACGUAUUUGAAAGAAAAAGAAUCUGUUAAGAUUUUCAAUUCGAUACUAGUCGCAAAUAGAGGUGAAAUAGCAGUUCGUAUUAUAAAAUCUUUAAAAAAAUUAAAAAUUAAAUCAGUAGCUAUCUAUUCCGAAAUUGAUAAAAAUUCACAACAUGUUCAUGAUGCUGAUAUUGCGAUUCCUUUGAUUGGCUCCACAACCGCCGACACUUAUUUAAAUAUUGAACAAAUAAUUAAAAUUGCAAAAGAAACUUCAUCUGAAGGAAUCAUUCCUGGUUAUGGCUUUCUUUCUGAAAAUGCUGAAUUUUCUGAUACAUGCAAAGAAAAUGGCAUCACAUUUAUUGGUCCUUCAGGACAGGUUAUACGAGAUUUAGGUUUAAAGCAUUCAGCGAGGGAAUUAGCAAAGAAUGCUAAUGUUCCAUUAGUUCCCGGUUCAUCUUUAAUAUCAAAUGUUCAAGAGGUAAAGGAAGUAGCACAAGCACUAGGCUAUCCAGUUAUGAUUAAAUCAACUGCUGGUGGUGGUGGUAUUGGAUUGCAGAAAGUUGAAAAUGAAGAACAGAUUGAGAGCAUGUUUGCAACAGUUAAACAUCUGGGUGAGACAUAUUUCGGAAAUUCUGGGGUAUUUCUUGAAAAAUUUAUUGAGAAUGCAAGACAUGUUGAAGUACAAAUAUUAGGUGAUGGUAAAGGUAAAGCAAUCGCGAUCGGAGAACGUGAUUGUUCUUUGCAAAGAAGAAAUCAGAAAAUAAUUGAAGAAACACCUCCCCCAAAUUUGCCAGAAAGCACCCUAAUUAAAAUGAGAAACGCAGCGGAAAGUUUAGGUGCCUUGACAAAAUACUUGGGCGCUGGUACAGUAGAGUACAUAUAUGACCAAGAUAGAGAUGAAUUCUAUUUCUUAGAGGUAAAUACAAGGUUACAAGUUGAACAUCCAAUUACAGAAGUUGUUACCGGUUUAGAUUUAGUAGAAUGGAUGGUAAAACUAGCCGCCGGAAAUUCAUUAUCAUUGACUCGUGAUAGCAUAAAAGUAUCUGGGGUGUCAAUAGAAGCAAGACUAUAUGCAGAAAAUCCUGUUAAAAACUUUUUGCCUUCUCCAGGAAAAUUAACUACCGUUGAAUUUCCAAGCUGGACAAGGGUGGAUAGUUGGGUUUCGAGUGGUAGUGUGAUUUCAACGGAAUAUGAUCCAACUUUAGCUAAAAUUAUUGUUCACGGAAACAAUCGUUCAGAUGCUAUUACUAAAUUAAUUAAUGCAUUAAGUGAAACCGUUAUUCAAGGUUGUAUUACUAAUAAAGAUUAUUUAAUGGCUGUUUUGAAAUCCGAAUUUUUUAAUGAUGCAACAAUGACAACCCAUACUUUAAAUUCAUUUCAAUAUUCACCAAAUGUUUUUGAAAUCAUUACUCCAGGUGCACACACUAGUGUCCAAGAUUUUCCCGGAAGGAAAUCGUAUUGGAGAAUUGGUGUACCGCCUUCUGGGCCUAUGGAUUCUUAUUCUUUUAGACUGGCUAAUAAGAUAGUCGGAAAUCAUGAAUCAGCUGCUGGUUUGGAAAUUACAUUAAUCGGCCCAACCAUACGAUUCCAUUGUAAUACAUUGAUCGCAUUAACUGGUGGUGAAGCAGAUUGUCAACUAAAUGGAAAAAAUAUCACAAUGUACUCAGCAAUACAGGUGAAUUCUGGCGAUAAAUUAACAAUAGGUAAAAUUGUAACAGGAUGCAGGAUUUAUUUAUCAGUUAAAGAUGGUAUAAAAGUUCCUGAAUAUUUGGGUUCAAAAUCAACUUUUACAUUAGGAGAAUUCGGAGGAUACAACGGAAGAGUACUAAAAACUGGUGAUUUGAUCCCAAUUGUAUCACCUGAGGAUAUCGAUCUUUCAAAGAUUGUCUCCAAUCUUCCAAAAUCAAUAAUGCCUAAUAUUUCAAGAAAUGGAAAAUGGGAAAUUGGUGUGUUAUGCGGUCCCCAUGGUUCUCCUGAUUUUUUCGAAGAAAGCUACAUUAGUGAAUUUUUUAGCUCCAGUUGGAAAGUCCACUACAAUUCCAAUAGAUUUGGUAUUAAAUUAAUUGGCCCCAAACCGCGUUGGGUUAGAAAUGAUGGGGGUGAAGCUGGCUUACAUCCAUCAAACGCUCAUGAUUAUGUCUAUUCACUUGGUGCGAUCAAUUUCACUGGUGAUGAACCAGUCAUAAUUACUUGUGACGGACCUUCUUUAGGUGGGUUCGUAUGCCAAGUUGUCAUACCUGAGGCUGAAUUAUGGAAGGUUGGUCAAGUAAAAUCCGGUGAUUCCAUUAAAUUUCACCCUAUAAGUUAUGAAGGCUCUCGAAAAUUAUUUCAGGCAUUGGACUUCAAAAUUAAUUACCUGAAAAGUCUAGAAAAUGAAAUCGAAUUGAAUCAGGUAAUUCUUUCAAAAUUUGAAAACCCAAUAUUACGAGAAAUACAUUCUUCAGAUCAUGACAGUGUGCUAUCAGUCAAAUACAGGCAAGCAGGUGAUAGAUAUAUUCUGGUAGAAUUUGGUGAGAAUAAAUUAGAUUUUAAUAUCUCAUAUCAUAUUCACUCCAUCAUCAAAAAUGUAGAAGAACUACAAAUUAAGGGUAUUGUAGAAAUGUCACAAGGUGUGAGAUCAUUUUUGAUAGAAUUUGAACCAAAUAGAAUCUCUCAGAAGAAUCUAUUAGAAGUUCUAAUAACAGUAGGCAAUGGGGUUCCAUUUACUCAUGAUUGGAAAAUUUCAUCAAAAUUGAUAAGACUUCCAAUGGCAUUUGAAGAUUCAAAGACCUUGGGGUGUGUUAAAAGAUAUCAGGAAACAAUUCGGUCAUCGGCGCCAUGGUUACCUAAUAAUGUUGACUUUGUUGCAUCAGCUAAUGAAAUCAAAAGAGAAAAUGUCUAUGAUAUGAUGUACUCAGCCCGAUUUAUGGUAAUGGGUCUGGGUGAUGUUUAUCUAAGUUCACCUUGUGCAGUUCCAAUCGAUCCUCGUCAACGCUACUUAGGAUCUAAGUAUAAUCCAGCUCGUACAUUUACUGAAAAGGGUGUUGUUGGUUUAGGUGGUAUGUAUAUGUGCAUUUACGCUGCAUCCAGUCCAGGUGGAUAUCAAUUAGUUGGUAGAACAAUUCCAAUUUGGGAUACAUUGAUGUUAGGCUCUCAUUCUGCUACUCCAUGGAUGCUCUCUCCAUUUGAUCAAAUAGAAUUUUUUGUUGUUUCAGAAAAUGAAUUGGAUACUUAUGUUGAACAGUUCGAUAGCGGUACAUUUGAAAUUGAUGUUUCUAAUAUAUUGUUUGAUAACUCAGUUUACGAGCAGUGGUUAAAAGAGAAUAAGGAAUCAAUAGACGCUCAUGAUAGUAAAGUAUCAGGAGAGGAAAGAAGUAGAUUAGCUACUUUGUUAUCAGAAGUAAAUGUCGAUAAAGUUACAAUUGAAGAACCUACCAAGGAUGAUCUUAAUAAAUAUGAUGAAAAUGCUUGUCUCAUAUAUUCUGAAUACUGUGGAAGGUUUUGGAAAUCAUUGGUUAAUGUCGGUGACAUAAUUAAUGUCGGCGACGGCUUAAUUGUUGUAGAGGCCAUGAAAACGGAAAUGACUGUUGAAUCUCAAAAGUCUGGUAUGGUUAAAGAAAUUCUUCAUAAAAAUGGUGAUAUUGUCAAUGAAGGAGAAAUAGUUGUUGUUCUAGAACCUAUCAAAUAA